CAUACUGCUGUCGCGUGCGCGCUUGUCCAUCAGCGCGCGCACAAGGUUGAAAAGCUGGCUGCGCUCACUCUUCUCAGUCAAGCCGACACCGAACUUUCCCUCCAGCAACACCUCGACCUCGCGCCCGAACUGCUACAGUACAACCCUCACCUGGGUCCCGACCUGGACGAGGAAGAGCCGUUGACGAUGGCGGCACAGCCGGUGCCUCAUCAGUCGACGGACAAGAAGCGUGUCAAGGUCUACGAGCUUCGCAACAAUGACUGGUUUGACCGCGGCACCGGCUUCUGUACCGCUGCCCUUCACGCCGAUGGUGAUCAGAGAGAACCAAGAGUCACAGUCGAGUCUGAAGACCCGCCACACCGCACACUGUUGGAAACACGGGUCGCAAAAGGCGACUCGUUCCAUAAGCAGCAGGGUAGGUCUUGGUGCCGCACACACAAAACCCUGAUCGUGUGGACAGAGCCUAGCAAUGGCGUCGACAUGGCCCUCAGCUUCCAGGAGGCCGAGGGCUGUACCAUGAUAUGGCGUUUUAUCAACCAGAUCCAGACACCUGGCCGCUAUUCCAAUGGCGCCGACGACAGCUUCUCCGAUGAUCUUGCCAUGGACGCGCCUAACCCCAUCUCACUCCCGCCCCCAACCCUUGGUACCCUCGCCGAUAUCGAAGGCCAGUUGCGCAUGAUGAGCGGCACGGGUAACGGACGUGAUGCUCUGACGAAAUACGUCCUCAACGAGGACCUGAUCGGAAAGCUAUGCCCGUUGGUAUCCGAGGCCGAGGAUCUCGAAAGCCUCAACGACUUGCAUCGCCUAUGCAACAUCAUGAAGAUCGUAAUCCUUCUCAAUGACACUAGUAUUAUUGAGCAUGCGGUCUCGGACGAAUGUGUCAUCGGUGUGGUUGGAGCCCUCGAGUACGACCCUGAUUUCCCUAGCCACAAGGCAAACCACCGACAAUGGCUAGAGGACAAGAGCCGUUAUAGGGAAGUCGUCAAGAUUGAAGAUGCUCAGAUACAGAAGAAGAUCCACCAGACAUACCGCCUGCAAUAUCUCAAAGACGUUGUCCUAGCUCGUAUUCUUGAUGAUAACACCUUCUCGGUACUGAACUCUUUGAUCUUCUUCAACCAGGUCGACAUCGUUCAGCAUAUCCAAGCAAACUCAAACUUCUUGGUGGAACUAUUCGACAUUUUCAAGCGUGUGGCCGAGGACCCCAAGAGGAAGAAGGACGCAGUACUUUUUAUUCAGCAAUGCUGCACUGUUGCCAAGAAUCUCCAGCCGCCAGCCCGACAGACCUUGUAUAACAACUUCAUCGUCCACGGGCUGUUCUCUGUCAUCAAUUUCGGGCUGCGCCACACUGACACUGCGGUUCGUGUGGGUGCUACCGACAUCAUGGUGUGCAUGAUAGACCACGAUCCCCAGAUGAUACGUCAGACUAUCUACCGACAGCUCAGCGAAAGUCAACCUCCGCUCACCGAUUCCCUCAUCGACCUUCUCCUCAUCGAGGUUGACCUAGGCGUCAAGUCCCAGGUCUCAGAUGCGCUCAAGGUGCUUCUGGAUCAGGGCCCUCCACCUCAAGAGCAAGCGUUUGCCAAGGCCAAUGGCGAGUAUGCGGCGCGCGCCCAAGCAAGGUUACAAGCGGCUGCAGACCCCCAGCAAGAACGUUUCUUAGACUCCUUCUAUGAGAAUUCAGCCCCAAGGCUUUUCCAGCCGUUGGUGGCUCUGGAAGGUCGUACAAACAUGGACUUCACUGUCCAACAGGCUUCCAUGUUUACCUACCUCAUCGAGAUUCUCUGUUUCUUCAUUCGACAGCAUCAACACCGCAGUAAACACUUCGUCUUGGACCAACACAUCGUCGAGCGUAUUGAGCAGUUGUUGCACUCACCCGAGAAGUUUAUAAAACUAGUCGCUAUCAGGUUCCUCCGUCAGCUUAUCGGAAUUCAAGAUGAUUUUUACAUAAAGCAGAUAAUGUCGACGAACGUUAUCGGCACCAUUUUGGAUGUGCUGAUUGUUACUAUGCCUCGGGACAAUCUCCUGACCUCGGCGUGUCUUGAAUUCUUCGAGCACAUUAAGAAGGAAAGCAUCAAAGAUCUCAUCAAGCACAUGGUCGAAAACUUCCGGGAGCAGCUGGAGAAGCUCGCAUACGUACCACUGUUCGCAUUCAUUGUCCAGCGUUACGACCAAACACAAGGUUUUACCGCAAAUGUGGAACAGUUCAUGGAAUCGGAAGAGGACGCCAGACGCAGGAGACAGGGGCAGGUCAUGAACACGAGGACUGGUAUCAUGGAACAUCUCAUGGAACAGGGCGACGAAGAGUACUGGAACACCUCGGAUGACGAGGAAGAUCUGCAAAUCAGGACGGGGAGCCGUACGUUAGCAGCAAACGGCUCGUCGCCGACCACAAAGUUAGUCGACUAUGCAUCCGACGAAGAGCUUGACGAGCAUAUCGAGGAUGGCGAUCUCAUUCCUGAUAGCCAAAUUGAUGAAGAGAAGAUGGACGAAGAUGCAGACGAACCCAAGAGCGCAGGGUCUCUACCUAGUCCCCCGGAACGGCUGUCUGAGAAACGGCGGCGCGAAGAAGAUGAAGAGGAUGACAUCUCAAAACUCAUGGCCAACAAGCGACGGAACAGCUCAUCAGCCAGUUCCAACGCAUCGAGUACGUCUGGGUUUCUAGGCAAAAAGAAGAGACUUGCGAGCCUCAGGGACGCUGGAGGUGGUCCCAAAAAGAUCGCCAUCAGUCUGAAUCCCUCUCUAGGGGCUGAUUCCGACCUGCCCAGCACAAAGGAGGAUGGAACAUCAUGACUUUGUCUAGGACAGCUAAUUUCUGGCGCUCACAAUGAUAUUCAGUUGUGACUUUCGAAAAAGACCAAUGAUUAGGGACCGGAAUGGCGGCGUUCAUGGGCGACAAUUCGUUUUGAUUUGCAUGGUUAGGG